AUGGCCUCAAAUUGGAUACACGAGCUUUUGGUGCAUGGCAGCAAUAAGCUUAUACACGAUCGGAAGCCUCCCAUCUCGUCUUCUUCGUUUUACACGCCCGGAGAUCUUAUCACAAACGACAUAGAGUCGUUUAUUUGUGGAAACGGUACCAUUCUCGACAGUUCAAAUUCAUCCAUCUUGUCUACGGUUGCUGGAAAUGUCGAGUACAUCAACAAACUUAUACGAGUUAUCCCUCCAAAGGCAAGAUACCUUGGCGAAAUCGGGGAUGUCAUCGUUGGCCGAGUCAUCAGGGUUUGUCAACGAAAGUGGGCCAUCGAUUUAAAUGGCCAACAACCGGCUACCCUGCAGCUAUCGGCAAUUUAUCUUCCCGGCGGCAUUCAGAGAAGAAAAUUAGAAGAAGACGAGUUGCUGAUUCGUCAGUUCUUCGUCGAGGGCGAUUUGAUUUCCGCCGAAGUGCAGGCUAUUCAUGCGGAUGGCUCGGCCAA